AUGAGGAUUCAAAUCAAUCUGAGCCAAUUGCCGGCGGCACAACGUCCGGAUGAGCCAGACUUUAACAAUAUAGAAGACUUUGACAAUGCUUCCCGGGGUUUCAUAGCAAAACUGGAACCAUGCAUUAUUAGAGACGCCAAAGGCCACGUCGUGUGGGACAAUGACGCAUAUGAUUUCGUCAAAGAGGAAUGCCCAAACACUGUCAAUCCAAAGCUCUGGAGGCAGGCUCAGCUCACAGCCAUCCAAGGCUUGUACGAGGUUUCGCCUGCUGUGUACCAGGUUCGCGGGUUUGACAUAUCCAAUAUGUCUAUCGUCGAAGGCCAGAGUGGUAUCAUCGUCAUUGACCCACUGACAUCGAUGGAGUGCGCUCAGGAAGCCUUGAAGUUUUACCGCAAGAAUCGCGGGAACCGUCCAGUUACCGCCGUGAUUUAUUCUCACUCUCACGCGGACCAUUACGGCGGCGCCCUCGGCGUUCUGCCAAAAGGCACCGGCAGUAUUCCCAUCAUUGCGCCGGAAGGUUUCAUGAAGGAAGUAACAUCGGAGCAUGUCCUCGCUGGACCAUCAAUGCUCCGACGAGCAGCUUUCAUGUACGGCACUCGACUUCCAAAGCAUCCACGAGGGCAAGUAGGCACCGGCCUAGGGAUGGCUGCGUCCGCCGGGACCACGUCCAUAAUCCCUCCUAACACCUUGGUGACCAAGACCGGGCAAGAGCUUGUGAUUGAUGGCGUAAAGUUCGUCUUCCAGCUUGUUCCUGGGACGGAAGCGCCAGCUGAGCUGAAUUUCUUCCUUCCUGACCACGAGGCCUUGUAUAUUUCCGAGUGUGCGACACACUGCCUGCACAAUAUCAUAACCCUCCGCGGCGCAUCCGUCCGAGACGCUAGAGCUUGGUCGCAAUACCUGGAUGAGACAGUCGAACUAUACGGAGAACGAUCGAAAGUUCUUUUUGCCGGGCAUCACUGGCCAACGUGGGGACAAGACAAAAUCAAGAAAUUGGUUUCAGAGCAGCGGGAUAUGUACGCGUUCCUCCACGACCAAACUGUCCGGCUGAUGAACAAGGGCUUGACCGGGACCGAGAUCGCGGAAAUCCUGGCCCUUCCGCCGAAAUUACGAAGAGCGUGGCACGCCCAAGGUUACUAUGGUUCCGUCAGCCACAACGUCAAGGGAAUCUAUCAGAGGUAUAUGACUUGGUUUGACGGCAAUCCAGCCCAUCUAUGGCCUCAUACCCCUUCUGAAGAGGGGAAAAGAUAUAUAAGAUGCUUCGGCGGCGUUGAAGAGUUAGUAUCAAAGGCUCAGGUGUUCAUCGACGAGGGGGAUCUAAGAUUUGCCGCCACGUUGUUGGACCAUGCUGUUUCCGCAGAGCCGGACAAUAGGCUGGCCGCGGAAACGUUGGCUUACGUCUUUGAGAAGAUGGGGUUUGCCGCUGAGAAUGCUACUUGGCGCAACUUCUUCCUCACGCGCGCAAUGGACUUGCGAAACAAGAGUAAAUCUCACCAAGCCAUGGACACAACAAUGGUCGGGGUGAGUUUAAACCCCGAUGCAAGCAUUGAGGACUGGCUCGACGCAAUCGCCGUUUCCGUAGAUGGACCCAGGGCUGCGGAGGAGUUUGAAGAGUCCCAGAGCAUUCUGGUGCGCGUCCUCGAGUUAGAGAGCACAUGGAAAAUCACUCUCAGCAAUGGAGCGAUGACGUACCGAUCAUUUUGCAGAGCUGGGACUGGGGUGCAACAAGCAAAUGACUUCGAGAGAAUAAGGCCUGCGAUUACGUUCCACACCAAAGAACAACUUCAUGAGAUACUUAGUGGAAAGGCCAACUUGUCGCAGUUCAUAUGUGAAGGACUUGAAGAACAUCUCGUCCUUCAGCGGCUUCUGGAGCUGAGUGCGAUCACUACAUGA